AUGGCGAUCCUGUUUGCCGUGGUGGCUCGUGGGACCACCAUCCUGGCCAAACAUGCAUGGUGUGGGGGCAAUUUCCUGGAGGUGACUGAACAAAUUCUAGCCAAAAUCCCUUCAGAGAACAACAAGCUGACCUACAGCCAUGGGAGCUAUUUGUUCCACUACAUUUGCCAUGACAGAAUCAUAUAUCUAUGUAUUACCGAUGAUGACUUCGAGAGGUCGCGGGCUUUCACUUUCCUCAGCGAAGUGAAGAAACGUUUCCAAACGACGUACGGUUCCAGAGCGCAGACGGCUCUCCCUUAUGCCAUGAACAGUGAAUUCUCCUCCACUCUGGCUGCUCAGAUGAAGCAUCAGUCAGACCCGCGAGGAGCCGAUCGUGUCACUGAAACUCAGAUACAGGUGGAUGAUUUGAAGGGGAUCAUGGUUCGCAACAUCGAUUUGGUUGCUCAGAGAGGAGAAAAGCUGGAACUGUUGAUUGAUAAGACAGAGAAUCUGGUGGAUUCAUCGGUCACAUUCAAAACGACAAGUCGAAACCUGACACGGGCGAUGUGUAUGAAGAACCUUAAGCUUUACGUUCUGAUCUUCUUUGUGUUACUGGUCAUUCUAUACAUCAUAGUUUCUGCUUCGUGUGGAGGCGUGGAAUCGGAUACAUUUUGGUUCAGUGCCAAUACAGCAGAGAAUUCAAAGUGA